AUGGAAAAUUCCUGGUGGGAUCAAGGAUUGAGAAGAAUUUUGGAGCCCAGGGAGAGAAGAAUUUUGGAUUCCUGGGGGACUCCAAAAUCCAAAUUUCCUUGGAAAACUCCUGGUGGGAUCAAGGAUAAAUUGAUUUUUUGGGAUUUGGGAGACUCCAGAGUCCUGGUGGGCUCCAAAAUCCAAAUUUCCUUGGAAAACUCCUGGUGGGAUCAAGGAUUGAGAAGAAUUUUGGAUUCCAGGGAGGCUCCAGCAUCAAAAUUUCCAUGGAAAACUCCUGGUGGCAUCAAGGAUGAAGCGAUUUUUUUGGGAUUUGGGAGAGUCCCAAAGUCCUGGUGGGCUCCAAAAUCCAAAUUUCCUUGGAAAACUCCUGGUGGGAACAAGGAUGAAGUGAUUUUUUUGGGAUUUGGGAGAAUCCCAGAGUCCUGGUGGGCUCCAAAAUCCAAAUUUCCUUGGAAAACUCCUGGUGGGAUCAAGGAUAAAGUGAUUUUUUGGGAUUUGGGAGAAUCCCAGAGUCCUGGUGGGCUCCAAAAUCCAAAUUUCCAUGGAAAACUCCUGGUGGGAUCAAGGAUUGAGAAGAAUUUUGGGGUCUGGGAGGCUUCAGCGUCCAAAUUUCCAUGGAAAACUCAGGAUCGAGGUGGUUUUGUGGGAUUUGGGAGAACCUCGGAUUCCUGGUGGGCUCCAAAAUCCAAAUUUCCUUGGAAAACUCCUGGUGGGAUCAAGGAUAAAUUGAUUUUUUGGGAUUUGGGAGAGUCCCAGAGUCCUGGUGGGCUCCAAAAUCCAAAUUUCCUUGGAAAACUCCUGGUGGGAUCAAGGAUUGAGAAGAAUUUUGGGGUCUGGGAGGCUCCAGCAUCCAAAUUUCCAUGGAAAACUCAGGAUCGAGGUGGUUUUGUGGGAUUUGGGAGAACCUCGGAUUCCUGGUGGGCUCCAAAAUCCAAAUUUCCUUGGAAAACUCCUGGUGGAUCAAGGAUUGAGAAGAAUUUUGGAUUCCAGGGGGGCUCCACGUUGGAUUUUUCCCUGGAAACCUCCAGGUUUUGUGGGAAACCCUCGGAGCAGAAUUCCCAUUAAAGACUGGAUUUAACCCGGA